AUGUGGAGCAGAGGCAGCGCGUCUCUACUGGUCUUCAGCCUGCUGGUGCUCACUGCUGUGUGGACGACCAGAUCAGUGAAUGCCGACACCGCAUCAAAUGCCUUCAAAACCAACAUCACCCUGUUCACACGCAUCCUGGACAGCCUGCUGGACGGAUACGACAACCGUCUACGGCCUGGUCUUGGGGACAGGGUGACUGAGGUGAAGACAAACAUCUAUGUCACCAGCUUUGGACCAGUUUCAGACACAGACAUGGAGUACACCAUAGAUGUUUUUUUCCGGCAAAGCUGGAAGGAUGAGAGGUUGAAAUUCAACGGGCCGAUGAAUAUUUUGCCUCUCAACAACCUGAUGGCGAGUAAGAUCUGGACUCCAGACACCUUCUUCCAUAAUGGGAAGAAGUCUGUGGCUCAUAACAUGACCAUGCCUAAUAAACUGUUGAGGAUCAAAGAUGAUGGAACACUGCUGUACACCAUGAGGUUAACUGUGCAUGCAGAGUGCCCAAUGCAUCUGGAGGAUUUCCCCAUGGACUUUCAUUCCUGUCCACUAAAAUUUGGCAGCUAUGCCUACACAAUCUCAGAAGUGACGUACGCUUGGACGCUCAAUGCCUCGGACUCUGUGGUGGUGGAAGGAGAGAGCUCGCGUCUAAACCAAUACGACCUGCUCGGGCAAACUGUCGGACAAGAAACGAUCAAGUCAAGUACAGGUGAAUACACCGUGAUGACAGCUCAUUUCCAUCUGAAGAGGAAGAUUGGAUACUUUGUCAUCCAGACUUACCUCCCAUGUAUCAUGACCGUCAUUCUCUCCCAAGUGUCUUUCUGGUUGAAUAGAGAAUCAGUACCGGCCAGGACUGUGUUUGGUGUAACCACUGUCCUCACAAUGACAACACUGAGCAUAAGUGCGAGGAACUCCCUCCCCAAGGUCGCUUACGCCACCGCCAUGGACUGGUUCAUUGCCGUGUGCUACGCCUUUGUCUUCUCCGCCUUGAUUGAGUUUGCCACAGUCAAUUACUUCACAAAGCGCGGCUGGGCCUGGGAUGGAAAGAGUGUUGUGACUGACAAGAAAAAGGAGAGAGCGUCUGUCCUCAAGAAGAAUAAUGCCUACGCUGUAGCGGUGGCCAAUUACGCACCUAACAUUACCAAGGACUCAGGCACACUUCCAACCAUCGCCAAAGGUGGAGCUAUGGAUCUCAACAAGCCCAGAGCAGACGGCAAAAUGCCAGAAGCCAAGAAGUCAUUCAACAGCGUCAGCAAAAUUGACCGGAUGUCAAGGGUUUUGUUUCCGGUUCUCUUUACCGGCUUCAAUAUUGUCUACUGGGCCACCUACUUAAGCAGAGAACCUGUUAUUAAAGACAUGGUCCCCUCCACUUAA